AUGACUUCCAACUCCGAUGCUCCGCCCUCGGCGGCCACAGAGGCCGUCCUGGUCAUGUCAGAGGAGAUGCCUGCUGACGCUCAGAAGGUCGAGGAGUUGGACUUCAACAAGUUCAAAGGCCCUAUCACGGCGGAGAAUCUCUUCGAGGGCAUGCGUCACAUGGGCUUCCAGGCGUCUUCUAUGUGUGAGGCUGUGAGGAUCAUCAAUGAUAUGCGUGCAUGGAAAGACCCAGAGACGGGGGACAAGACCACAAUUUUCUUGGGAUAUACUUCCAACCUCAUCUCAUCAGGCCUUCGUGGUGUCCUCCGUUGGCUUGUCGAGCAUAACCACGUGUCAUGUAUCGUCACCACAGCCGGUGGCAUCGAAGAGGAUUUUAUCAAGUGCCUUGGUGACACAUAUGUCGGUUCCUUCAGUACCCCUGGAGCCGAACUCCGCCGCAAGGGUCUCAACCGCAUUGGAAACCUCGUUGUUCCUAAUGCGAACUACUGCGCCUUCGAAGACUGGGUCGUCCCCAUUCUCGAUAAGAUGCUUGAGGAGCAGGAGGCUAGUAAAGGCACUGAGGAAGAGAUCAACUGGACGCCAUCAAAGGUAAUUCAUCGUCUAGGUAAGGAGAUCAAUGAUGAGCGAUCCGUCUAUUACUGGGCAUACAAGAACAAUGUCCCAGUGUUCUGCCCUGCCAUCACUGACGGAAGCCUCGGAGACAUGCUCUAUUUCCAUACUUAUAAAACCGCGCCCCUGCAACUGAAGAUCGAUCUGGUUGAAGAUAUCCGACGCAUCAACACCAUUGCUGUCCGAGCCAAGCGGGCCGGUAUGAUCAUUCUGGGUGGUGGUAUCAUCAAGCACCACAUUGCCAAUGCAUGCUUGAUGCGCAAUGGUGCCGAGUCGGCGGUUUACAUCAACACAGCACAAGAAUUUGAUGGUAGUGAUGCGGGUGCUAGACCAGAUGAGGCUGUAUCAUGGGGCAAAAUCAAAAUUGGAGCUGAUAAUGUGAAAGUAUACAUGGAGGCAACAGCAUGUUUUCCCUUUAUUGUGGCGAACACUUUUGCAAAGGAUAUUGGAAAGUCUGACCAAUAG